GUGCGGUCCGGGACUACCAUCCGGCCCCUCGGAUGUCCGCGCCCGCCAGUCCCCAGGGAAGCGCGCCGGACCCAGCUAGCGGGUCGGCACCCCGCGACCUCAGGAUGCCAGAGGCCCAGCGCCGCCGCCAGUCCCCCGGGCGACGGAAGAAGCAGCCGGUGCGCCGCACGGUCAGCCAGAUCUGCCCGCCCCCGCGGCGGCCCCUGACCGUGGCCGACAUCCGGCCGGGCAUGGAGAACGAGAGGCUGGGGGUCGUGAGGGAUUCCAUGUUUCAGAACCCGCUCAUCGUCAAGGCCGAACUUGGGAAGUCCCGAGAACAAAGUGGCACUCUGCCUGGAAUCGAUUUCAAUUACGGACUCUACACCCGGGGGCUGGAUGGAGGGGUCCCCGCAGCCAUCGGGCACUGGAACGUGUUUAGGCAGCAGCCCACACGCCCCCAGGAGCUGACCCGGGACUACAUCACCAUGAACCGCGGGGCGGUGAGAGCCGGCCUGGUGACCGCCCGGGAGAACUUCCUCUACCGCCAGCUCCACGACAUCCGCAUCAGUGACCAGGAUGACCAGCGCACCAAGAAGGAGGCGCCCUCUCUCCCUCCAGACCUGACGUUCGGGGUCGUGGCACGGCCUUCUACCCCUUUCUUCGACCUGCUCCAGCACCGGUAUCAGCAGCUUUGGGUGCAGGAGCAGAAGGCCACGCAGAAAGCCAUUAAACUGGAGAAAAAGCAGAAGGUGGUCCUGGGGAAGCUGUAUGAGACCCGCAGCAGUCAGCUGAGAAAGAACCAGCCGCCUGUGAAACUGGACACCCUCUGGCAUCUGCCUCACUUCCAGAAGGUGCGCUCCUGCCUGGACACCUUCCCCACCGAGACUGACCGCCAGAGAGCACUCCGAGCCCACCAGGAGGAGCGUGCGGUGCGCCAGGGGACCCUGCGGAUGGGCAACUACACCCACCCCUAGCGCCCUCCUGACCCCGUAGAAGACUCCCAGACUCACCUUUCUUGGCCCAGCCUCACAUUGGACGCGCCCCCCCCCCUGUUUUUACAUGGGUCCUGCUUUGGCAAGGAUGUCAGAUUCAGGUCUUAGACUGAUUCUUUUUGAUAAGCCAAUACUUUUCAGGUUAGCCAAUAUUCACCUACCCCAGCAACCCUCCGCUAGGGAUUCCCCCUCCUCCAGGAUCCCACCCACCCUCGGUUCUCAAGCCCUCACCUGGUUAGACGAACCCAAAUUACGAGGCAGAUGUCAGACUCCAAACCAAGGGUCAAUUCCUAGGCUCCGCCCACUGAGCGCUAAGAAAAACCUGUGUCUUUCCUGCAGAAAGCCUGACAGUAACAUGCUUUAAAAACCCUCGUUUUAUACUCCGAAUGCAGGUGUAACUGUCCUUUUGGCCAGUAUUCUCUCUCUGAGGCCCAUGAAUGGGAAGAGCCCAUGCUCCUGACUCAGGGCCUCCCCCCACCUCCCCCACACGGGGGCCUGCCAAUCACACAGGCCAACAUGGGCUUCUCCGCCAAGGCUGGCCUUGCAAGGGCAACCUCGGCCCAAAGCAGACAGUCUUCUGGGCAAGUAGGCGGGCUGAUGAUGCACUGGCUGAGGAACUUUUCAGCCAAACUCCUGGGGCUUCUUACCUCAAUCUUUCCGUACAUUCUUGCCUUCUCCCCGAAAAUCAUAUGUCGGUCUAUUUUAAAUUAAAAAUGCUAUUUGUCUCCU